UAUAAUCUCUUCUUUCUUUCUUGCAUGGUAUCAUUGGCCGCCAUGGAAGAAGGCAACCAACCUCAACCUCAACCUCUCCCUCAAGGCCUAACUCCAGAAGAAUUCACUGAGCUGGAACCCCUCAUCUCCACCUUCCACACCUUCAACCCCAAGCCCAACACCUGCAGCUCCCUCAUCACCCAACACAUCGACGCUCCGGCCACCGCCGUCUGGCCCUACGUCCGCCGCUUCGACAACCCCCAGAAGUACAAGCACUUCAUCAAGGGCUGCAGCAUGGAAGGCGACGGCGGCGUCGGCAGCAUCCGCCAAGUCACCGUCGUCUCCGGCCUCCCCGCCUCCACCAGCACCGAGCGCCUCGAGAUCCUCGACGACAACAAGCACAUUCUCAGCUUCCGGGUCGUCGGCGGCGAGCACCGCCUCAACAACUACCAGAGCGUCACGUCUGUCAACGAGUUCGAGAAGGGCGGCAAGGUGUACACGGUGGUCCUGGAGUCGUAUAUCGUCGAUAUCCCGGAGGGGAACACGGGCGAAGAUACGAAGAUGUUUGUGGACACCGUCGUCAAGCUGAAUCUCCAGAAGCUUGGGGUGGUGGCGAUGGCCGCUUUGCAUGGCCAUGAAUGAGGAGGUGACAGCGGGGAUGGCGAUGGAAUUAAUUAAUAUUAUUCAUUAAAUUUGUAUAUUUUAGUCUUUUUUUUCUUUUUAAUUUGUCUUUGGGUUGAGUAACUUGAAUUACUAUUAGUUUUAAAUAUUUGAUCGAGAACACUCAAAACACUUCUUUCAUCUUUGAAUAUUAAUAACAAAUAUCAAUAAAUAAAACCCCUCCUCAUU